AUAACCCUGAUUACUUCCCAAAAUACCAUUUGCGAAAGCGAAAGUAGGUUGCAGCUUCUGCUUGGACUGGAAUCGAUCCCUUCACGCCUACAAGAUCCGUCUUCGGUUAAGAGCGGAAUUGUGGCAGCCAUUAUGGCAGACGAAUGGUCUUCACCACCGAUCUGCAGCAAGCAGGGUAAAAGUUCUAGAAAAAAUAGAGAAGAUCUUGGAUCUCCUGAAAAGCAGGUUGCUGAAGAUUUCUCUGUGGAAAGUAUUUGCACAGCGGUAAAGGUGAAGAUAGUGAAACUGGAAGAUGAGGAAAAAGAGAAAAUGAGCUUCUAUCCAAAAGGGAAUAGCAACCUUAUACAUUAUCUUUGUAAGCAUGAUUUAGCAAAUCUAGCUACGGAACAGGGCUGGAAACUCAUUCUGGAAAAGAUGGACCAAAAACUUCUUCCUAAACUCCUGAUUAAAAAAGAAGUCCCGAUUGAGAACUGUAGAGAUAAAGUCAGAGAGUUAAUUGUAAAGGCUCUUCCCAACUUACAUCAAGAGAAAUGUGACCUUUCAUCUCUGAGCAACAAGGAACCUAGCGACAGAGAAUUAGAUAACAAGGGUCCGCUACAACAAGCUCUUGCUUGUCUUGUUCCAUUGAUCAAAGCUGGUCAAAAUCAGGCUGAUGUUCUGUAUGACAAGGAUUUGAAUUGUCUGAUCAUAACAGGCCCUACAGAAACUGUCAAACAGUUACACAUGGAGGCAAAGGUCAAGUUGUACAGUGUUACCAUGGAGACAGUUUUAGAGUCUCCAUCACAUGGAUGUUUGUUGAGGACAUUUAGGGUCAUUGAUAAACUGAGAGGUCAGUAUCAUGGUCUCACAGUGGUUGUACAGGAUUGCAACACAAAAGUGACAUGGACAGGAACUGAAGAGAACAUCAGAGGUGGUCGAGAAGAGAUGGAGAAGUUUGUUAGAGAAAUUAAAGCGAACACAUUCCAUGUUUCUAAGGUGAUGAAGAAGCUGCUGUUGACACCAGAGAUAAAACACUACAUUGAUAAUGUACUACAGAGGGACGGUAUCACUUGUGUAUGGCAGGUUACUGAAACCAGACAAGUUCAAGUUUGGUCAAUGCAGGCUUCAUCUUCCAAGCGUGUUGGGCUCAAAAUUAGAGAAAAUUUCAAAGAAGAGGCAUUCUUGGUAAAGGACUUUCCUUUAAUUUCAAAGCUUUCAAAAUUAGGCUUUGGUCUUGGUACCGCAGAUAUGAAUCAUUUUUCAGUGGAAGAGACCUCGGACACAGUCCACGUAGCUGCAAAGUCUGGUACCAUGCAGAAGAUUUACCAGUAUUUGCAAGAUUUGGAGGAUCAACCAACUCCUGGAAAACAGCCAUCAGUCAACCAAGAGGGAGAUAACUCAGAGAAGACAACAAGUGGCUGUACUAUAGAAGUACGAGGGAUGGACAAACUAACAUCAAACGACACUGUAGAACUCUACUUUGAAAGUAAAAGAGCAGUGGGUCGUCCAGUUGACAUUGAAAACUUUGAUGCAUCAAAAAGAGAGAAAGACGGCGUCAUCUUCAUUACAUAUGAAAAUGAGGAAGAUGCACAACUUGUUCUUGGGAGACAGCACACCUUGGACAAGUCCUCCUUGACUGUGAGAUUGUUUGAGGCCCUGGAACCUGUACCUGAUCCUUUAUUUUACCAGGAGAAGGUUUUCUUCAGGAAUAUGAAUUCAAACACAACACAAAAAAUGCUCGAGAAUUUUCUGAAAUCAAAGGUCAAUGUGUUUCCAAUAGAAUUUUUAUAUGGAGAAGAGGAGGGUGCAGUCUUGGUUACAUUUGAUGGUUCUGCAGAUUUUGAAAAAUUGAAGAAUGCCUGUCAGAAUUCACCACUAGAAAACUGUCUGCUGGAGGCAAAGAGGGUUCCAGUAUCUCAGAGUGUCCUUGUCAGUGGGGUCGGAAAACGUACAAGUCUGAACACCUUGAAAUUUUAUUUUGAGAAUAGCCGCAGAAGCGGUGAUAGUGAUGUCACUGAGGUCAAGGAGAUAUCUGACGGAUACUUUCUCGCCAUCUUUAAAGAUCCUGAAGUGAUAGACAGAGUCUGCCAGAGAACACACAAAUUGGAUGGGAAAACGCUCACUGUGCAGACUUACCAUGAAAUGCUGGGCCACAGGGUCAGCCACACAGGACCGACCUUUAAGGUUCCUUGCCCCUUGGUUAUUAAAGAUGCUGACCAAAAUAAAGUCCAGCACCUCAUGUCAUCUGACAUGACAAAACUGGAAAAACAGUUAAAUGACCAUCACACAAAACUACAUUGGCCAGGAGACAUUCCUGGGCACCUGAAGCUGGAGUGCCUGUUAACAGAGGAUGUGGUGGACAGCAAUAGGCUUGUCAUUUCCUGGGAGGAGGUGGUUCGAAAUAUUCUGAGCAAUUUUCUGGCUAAGGCACGGGAUUUAAAAGCUCAAGUUGUCGUGACAUCCCCAGAUGUCGCGGGAUCAACAAAAGACUCUUCAGCGAAGGAUGGUGGUACUGAACAUGAUGGUGGGGGCAGGAUGACCAAGGGUGGACACAAGACAGGUGGACCUUGUGAUACGAUUAUUAAACACACCACUGGACAGAACGACAAACUAUACAAGGCAGAUGACGCAUGGAAACCAAGGAAGAGCAUAGAAAAGAUACAUGAUCCAGAAGAGAAGAAAACAGAAGUCUUGUAUAAAAAGGUACGUGGUAUCUUGAACAAGUUGUCUCGACAAAAUUUUCAAACUCUGGUUAAACAGAUGAGUGAGCUGGAGAUUGACACAGAGGAGAGGCUGUUUGGAGUCGUAAACCAAGUUUACGUUUUGGCUGUUGGUGACCCAAGAUUUGUAGUAGCUUACGCAAGCAUGUGCAGAUAUCUUGCAAUGAUCAAAGUACCCAGCAAAACAAAGCCAGGUGAAUUUGUCAAUUUCCGUGUAAUUCUCUUAACCAAAUGUCAGAAGGCGUUUGAGAAAGACGAAGACACCAAAAAGGAAAUGGAAAGAAGGCAGAAAGAAAUCAAGGAGGCCAAGUUGCAGGUGGAAGACAAAGAAAAGCUGAUGGCUGAUUUAGAAUAUAAAGAACGUCAAGUCAGGAAACGAUCUUUAGGAAAUUGUAGGUUCAUUGGGGAAUUAUUUAAAUUGAAAAUGUUAACUGAGAACAUUAUGCAUUAUUGUGUGCUUAAAAUGCUCAAAGUUAAAGAUUCAGUAAGCCUAGAAAACCUUUGUGUCCUUUUAACUACCAUCGGAAAAGAAUUGGACACGGAUAAAGCCAAGCCACGGAUGGAGCAGUACUUUCAAGUAAUGAAUAAGAUCGCCAGAGAUAAGAAGAGAUCUCCCAAAGAGAGAUUCUUAUUAAUGGACGUGAUUGAAUUAAGAAUGAAUCGCUGGGUUCCAAGGAAAGAUGAACACAAUAACCCUAAAUCUCAGGACCAGCCACCAAAGAUAAAAAAGAGAUUAAUCAUAAGCCAGCGAGCAUUUAAAGUGCGACUUGUUAACAAAGACGGUGUCCAGGAACUGCCAAUGUUAAAACCAUGCACAACCUGCGGAAAUUUAGCAUAGACCAAACCUCAAUAUGGGACAAAGUUCAUUCAUCACUUUUUGUGAGAAACCAUGCUUGCUCGAUCUUACCUGUAUAUCAGUGACUGAGGUCAGGUAGACAUACUUCAAUGAACCGAGCUCCGAGCCAUCAAUCUCUAAUAUCAGCAGUGUGUGAAAACGGAGCAUGAUCAAUGGUUGGCGAUCAUCAUAGAAGAAAGUGUGAAGUGGAGCAUUGUAAGAACAAGUGUUUCGUGUGGAGGACACAUCAGUGUGAUGCUAUGUCAAAGUGCUCUAACAUAAGAUAGAAGAUUUUAUCAAUAAAUGGAUACCAUUCUGUACAUUAAAGUGCUGUCAUCUUUAUCACAUAAAUUUGUUUGUAAUAAAAAUCAAAAUUAA